CUCCCUCGCUUCCUCCCUCCCUUUUCUCUCGCAGUCUCUGACUAAACGUUACAAGAAGACGUUCAGUUCAAUUCCAGGAAUAGGGAGGCGGGGCUCUUCGGCCCAACCGGUAUAAUAGCUCAGCCGCUGCCUCCCCCAGUGGCAUUUACUCUGGACCUCUCCGCCUUCCUCAUUACAGCCCUCUGCCCUGCGCACCCGUGCUGCCCUGACUCACAGACACACGCAGCCAGCCAGACAGGCUGGCCAGCCUUGGGGAGACUGACGCUCCCAACUGUGUCUCCCCCACUUAUUCCCGGACCCGGGAGACGAAGCCUGAGGGAGGAAGGGAGGGGGGACAGGGAGCGGAAGCCAAAAAGACACGCGUGGAACCCUUUUGUGGACUUUACCGUUCCCUACAUUUGGCCACAACGCUGGCCACAUCUGGCGGGCUUGCUAAGGACCUCACACGAUUGGAGACAGUAUUGGAGAUACACACGGCCUAAAAUCCGAAGACUUCGUUCGAACUGCACUAGGCUCCAGGGAUGUGCUAGCAGCCGGUGCACCUGGGGGCAGCAGCCAAAGGAUCGGGAGGAGCAGCAGCAGCAGCAGCAGCAGCUUCUACUGCUGCCGCCGCGGCCACCACCGAGCAGAUCCAAGCUGGCUCCUUGCGCCAUGGUAACCCACAGCAAGUUCCCCGCCACCGGGAUGAACCGCCCCCUGGACACCAGCCUGCGCCUCAAGACCUUCAGCUCCAAGAGCGAAUACCAGCUGGUGGUGAACGCUGUGCGCAAAUUGCAGGAGAGCGGCUUUUACUGGAGUGCGGUGACCGGUGGAGAGGCCAACCUGCUGCUAAGUGCUGAGCCCGCGGGCACCUUCCUCAUCCGAGACAGCUCGGAUCAGCGCCACUUCUUCACUCUCAGUGUCAAAACCCAGUCAGGGACAAAGAACCUGCGAAUCCAGUGCGAGGGCGGGAGUUUCUCCCUGCAAAGCGAUCCCCGGAGCACUCAGCCAGUGCCCCGCUUUGACUGUGUACUCAAACUGGUACAUCACUACAUGCCCCCCACCUCUUCUUCGUCCUCCUCUACUUCUUCUGGGGCCACCCCUUCUUCCUCCUUGCAGGAUCAGAUGCUCCCUCAACCCCUCUCUGGAGCACCUCCUAAACGAACCUAUUACAUUUAUUCUGGGGGAGAGAAGAUCCCCUUGGUGCUCAGUCGACCCCUUUCCUCCAAUGUGGCCAGCCUGCAGCACCUCUGUCGGAAGACGGUCAAUGGACACCUGGACUCCUAUGAGAAAGUUACUCAACUCCCUGGGCCCAUCAGGGAAUUCCUGGACCAGUACGAUGCCCCUCUUUAAAAGGGGAUGGAAAACGGACAUUCUGCCUUCACCCCACCAAAAUAUUCGGGGAAGGGGGUUGGCACCUCCAUCCCCUGUGGCACAUAGCAUAAGCACAAGGGAAACAACCAGAUUGGAGAGUCCCUUUUUCUCCUAUCCAGAGCAGAGCCAGGGAGUCCAGAGGCUCUGCCCUCUGACUUCCCCCCUCGUCCCCCCGCUUCCCUCUCCAGAAUGGGUGCAGGCUGGUCUCGAGCGUUUGAGGGGAAAGUGGCAACAAGUCAUCUCUCUUCCCCCUCUCCAACUUCUAGAGGAGCCACCAGGCCUUGUAGGACAAUUCAGAAAAAAGAGGAUUUCAGUUUUUCUUCCUUUCCUUCCCUCCCCCUACCUGGGGAAGCUGGGAGACUGAAGGAGCUUUGAACUGAUGUUAGCUAAUGGUGAAUGUCCCAACUUUCCUAGGGACUUGUUUGCUAUUUGAUUUAGUUUAAAAUGGCUUGAAACCUGAGCUGGUGUCAGGGGCUGGAAGAGGAGGGAGGAAAAGAGGGCCCCCUGGAAUGGGCCUGAGGGCUAGCCAAGGGAAUGAUCUGAUUCUCAAUGCAAAUAGCUUCCCAACCCCCAUUCCUAGCCUCAGGUGAGAAGGGUGUGCUAUUCUUACCCUCCUGGGGAGGUAGGAAAGGGGCCUAAUAUGAGCCUGAAGAAGCUGACUCUCAUUCUUACUUAUCUCCUCACUUCUGGCACCUUUCCCUCUCCCUCUCAUUCCCCCCAACCCCCAUUACCGGGAAACACCCAAGCCUAGAUUCCAGCUUGCUGGGGAAAGCCAACAUAACCUCUCCUGUUUUAGGGGGCGGUCGUAUUGGCACUUGGAAGGGAAGGGGCGGGGGAGAGAAUGAAGGCUCUCUGGUCUGGUGGUAGGGUUGGUCCACUGAAGGAGAUGGUUUUUCUUAGUCUCCUUUUCUCAUAUUGUACCUUUUAUCACCUCUUUGUAGGGGGUGGACUGCCUCUUGCCCCAAAGCCCAGAAAAAGAAACUUCAUAUUUUCCCUCCUUUGUUUGGAAGGGGAUUGCCUUAAAUCUCUCCCUGUCCCAUGGAUAGGGGCUGGCACAUUAGAGAAACUAAUACUUUGCUGAUAAUGGGUCCACCAGUCCCAGCCUAAAGCAGUUAAGUGACUUGCCCAAGAUCAUAGAGCCUGGGAGUAUUUCAGUGUUGUAGCAUCCAUGGAUUCCUCCAAUGGGGUAUAGGGGGAAGAGUGUAGGAGAUUCAUGUGUUCUAAAAGACCGCCAGAAGAAUAACUUUAGUUAUUCCAAAGUGUUACCUAGUCCUUUUGGGGAUGCUCGGACUGCCCCCGCUUGGGUGUCUUUUACAGCAGGCCCUACUCCUGCAGCCUCUUGGGUUCCUGGGUGUCUCCCCCCAUCCACCACAUCCCUGGCUUCUCUAAUCAGGGGUUCUCUAGCCUCUCUGCAGGCAUGAACAUGAGAGGUCAAAGGAGGGGUGGGAGCUGUAGCACUCACUAAGUGCACUGCUUUGAGAAAGCACUGAUCAUUGUCACCCUACAUGGAAUGUAGCAACAAAGCAAUUACAUGGAAUUGUUUGGUUUUUUUUUUUAUGGAAAACAAAACACACAUGUUUUCUGUGUCAGGUGUUUGGCUGGAUGAGGCAGUUGUGUGUUGGGUGUUUUUUUUUUCUAGUUAAAAAUGUUUACAAAUCUGCCUCAAUCACUCUGUCUUUUAUAAAGAUUCCACCCUGUGCCCUGCCCUCCUCCCACCCUCCUGCCUUUGAGGCCAAUAAGAAGAUGCUUGAAGAACCGAACAGAAUACAAAUUCAAGUCAAACUUUGCACAUAUUUAUAUUUAUAUUCAGAAAAAUACAUUUCAGUAAUUUAUAAUAAAGAGCACUAUUUUUUAAUGAAAA